AUGGCUUCCGAACUGAUGAAGAAUGGUGACGGUGAGAUGUCGAAAGAUGAACGUAAGGUUUAUGACCGACAAAUUCGGUUGUGGGGUUUUGAUGGACAGAACAAGCUAAGAGCAACAAAAGUUCUUUUAAUCGGAAUGCAAGGCUUAGGCGCAGAGAUCGCUAAAAAUUUGAUACUGUCUGGUGUUAAUUCAAUUACUCUUAAGGAUCAUACAGAGGUUUCCAUAUUAGACCGUUGUUCGCAAUUCCUUAUCCCGCGCGAUAGCGAAGAACGUAACCGUGCAAAAGCAAGUUUCAGUGCAGCACAAAAGCUGAACCCAAACGUCAAAGUUAUUGUAGAUACUACCCCAAUCGAAGAAAAUGUGGACAGUUUUGUGACUUCAUUCGAUUUGGUCAUAGCCACUGAAUGCUCCCCAAGUACCUAUAAAAGACUGAGUGAAAAUUGCAGAAAAUCUAAUGUAAAAAUAUUCAUAGCUGAUGUUUAUGGGUUAUUUGGAUAUUUUUACCAAGAUGUGAUUUCCACCCAUUCUUUAUAUGGUGAGGUAUUUCCAAACAAUGCUGAAAUCGAUACUCUUACUAGUACAAAAAAAAAACCACAGCUGUAUUAUUUAACUUCAGCUUUAUUAAAAUUUCAAUCUGAUUCUAAUCGUAAGCCAAAUCCUGAUACAUCUGAAGAAGAUAUAGAAGAAUUGAAGUCCAUUAUUCAUCCUCAAAUCAAUGAUUCGUCCUCAGAUCAAGAAAAUAAAGAAAGUGAUGUAUUUGAAGAAUACUAUGGUGAAUUGUUUUGCGAGCUGAGUCCAACAACUUCCAUAAUAGGCGCAAUGGUAUCCCAGACUGCAUUGAACACUGUAAUGAAUAAGCCAGUAGAUAACUAUAAUGUAUUUUUUUAUGAUCACAUCGAACACGAAGGGAAAUUUCAUUUAUUAUAA